CAGCUGGAGCCAGAACCACAGAGAUACCUGAAGUCCAGCUGAGGAAGAUUAUUCUGUUUGCUGCAGAGCAGACACUGGAAUUUAGUUAAGAGAGACAGAAAACACAGGACCUUUACAUCCAAAUAUACAUUAUACCCACAUUUAUUUUUGACCAGCUCUCAUUUGCUUUCAGAUUUUUGUGAGCUGACGUUUUGAGUUUUUGUUUUGAGGCCAGUAGUCAGUCGGCUGGCGAUGUCGUGGGACUGCGGCCUCAGGUACAUGUUCACUGUGCCUCCUGCGCUGCAGCCGGGGAGCAAGGGCAUCCUGCAUGACAAGGAGGACCUGUCCAGGCUGGAGAUGGUCCAGAGACUGGCCAAGGAUGGCUGCCGCUUCCUGCAGAACCACAGCAAGAGCCCAGAGAAGACAAGUGGGCCCCAGAGUGACGAGGCAGUCCGCUUGUGUCUGAGAGAGAGCGGCCGCGACGUGCUGGUUCUCCAGAGAGUGUCGUCACAGCAGCCAGUCCUCGCUGCGUCGGCGAGGGGAGGAGGGAGGGAGGAGGCGAGGAGCGGGAGGUACGUGGUCGUGUCGGGGACUCCCGAGAAGAUCCUGGAACACUUGCUGAACGACUUGACUCUGGAUGAAGAUCAGGGGACAACACAGGGCAACGAUCCAGAUACACUCCUGGAUGACUUUCUGCUGACCUACCCAGUGUUCAUGUCCACCAGCGAUUUAUGUCAAGCUCUGCUGGGACACUAUUGCACCAAGAGACAGCGAGGGAAAGAGGAGCAGAAGGAGAAUCUGGAGAGGAAGCAGAAGCUGCUGCACCUGGUGUCACAGUGGAUGUGUCUGUGCAGAGACUUCCUGAGGGAGGACGAGCACGUCAAAGUCUUCCUGAAGACUUUGUACCGCUACGUGUUGGACGACGUCUACGAGCACCCGGCUCUGGAGAAGGACGUGGGGGAACUGCAGAGGGUCUACCAGCUGCACCGCAGACACACCACAGAUGAAUAUUCCCCUCAGCGAAAGAGCAAAGCACUUUUCCACCAAUUGAGCCCGAAGGAGAACGGGCUGCAGUCCAGAGGCGCACCGAGGGAGACCAGGGAAGUGCUGUGUCAUGUGUAUAUCACCAUGGACUCGUACCUCAGUCUGAGGGCCCACUCCGGGGUCGUGGCCCAGGAGCUGGUGCAGGCGAUCGCGGAGAGGAUGGACGUCCCCCACGGGGAACUGCUGCUGGUGGCCAUCACUUAUCCUGGAGGUAGACUCCUCCUGCAGCCUCAGGACAGAGUUUUCUCCGGUUCUUUACGGCCUGCGGGGAGGCUACACGUAUGCAAGAAGGACCUGGGAGAAGUCCUGAAUCCAUUUACUGAUAACUCCGAGCUGCAGCAGAGAACGGUCCGCAUGCUGAGUCUGAACACGUGGGACGUGGCCGUGGCGCUCACCGACUUUGACCAGACACUCUUUGACUCGAUGCACGAGCAAGAACUGGUCUACUUCACCUUCAACCGCCACAGCAGCGGCAGCGGCGGCGGCGGCGGCGGCAACACGACGGCCCUGGAGAUGCUGCUGCAGCGCUGCAACGACGUCCAGCUCUGGGUGGCGACUGAGGUGCUGCUGUGCCCAGCGCUCUGCAAGAGAGUCCAGCUCAUCAAGAAGUUCAUCAAGAUUGCAGCCCAUUGUAAAGCACAGAGGAACCUCAACUGCUUCUUUGCCAUCAUAAUGGGCCUGAACACUGCAGCUGUGAGCCGCCUCAGCCAGACGUGGGAGAAGAUCCCUGGAAAAUUCAAAAAGCUGUUUUCGGAGCUGGAGACACUCACAGAUCCGUCGCUGAACCACAAGGCCUACAGGGACUCCUUCAGGAAGAUGAAGGCUCCAAAGAUUCCCUUUCUUCCUCUGCUGCUGAAAGAUAUUACAUUCAUUCAUGAAGGGAACAAGACGUUUCACGACAACCUGGUAAAUUUUCAAAAGCUGCAUAUGAUAGCUGAUAUGGCUCGGCUCAUCCGACAGUGUCAGAAAGAUUACAUGGGAAACACAAUCACCCAGAAGAGCAGCUCAGAAGUGCGAGCCUACAUCGACUAUCUGCAUAUUAUCGACAAUCAGCAGACUUUGUUCGACCUGUCGCACCGGCUGGAGCCUCGAGCGUAGAGAGCGGCUCCCCCCUGUUCUUCCCUCUCUGUUGGAUUGCCAAGGAGCAUCCUGCUGCUGUGUCAUCUCUCUCUCAGGACUGCUGCAGGACCCUGUGCCACCACAGGAGGGAGCCAUUUAAUCAGGAGACAGAUCAGCAAAAGAGGCAUCUUAGAAUGUCAGGAAAAGGCCAAAACAGUGUGAGUGGAACAAGAAACCAAACAGAAGCAUCGAGCUUCUGCCUCGGCAGCUGCAGGUAAUGCAGCAACGGCACCGGCGGACCCACAAUAUGGCGAGCAGACAGCAGGGCUUUCAUCCCCGAGAAGCAGAUGCGUCUCAUUCACUUCUCUCAUGGCACAGGAGGGUCACCUCCAUCAAAAUCCACAACUAAAAGUGCAGAAUCCACAACAGAGAUACUGAAGCUGCAACACAAAUGCAAAAACUGACAACACAGCUGUAAAAGCCACAACUAAGCUGGGAGGAAAUAAAAUGGAUCCGGUAGCAGGAGGAUUGUUUCUGCUCAUGAAUUCACAAAACGCUUCGACGGCACACUUAACACCUAUGUGAUAAACUACACAAGAUCUUUGACAUUCGAAGCGGGUUCAAGUUCAGAUAUUCAGCUGCAGAGGCUGUGUCAUCAGAUCUGACCAAAGAAUAUCUCAACCCACAAAUGGUUUUCCAACCACGAUCAAACUGUCGUCUUUUGCCAGAAAAGUGUCUCAAGUGAAUCGGUGCAGUCGAUGCACAACAAACUGAUGUCUUACGAAGUGAAAGAAACGAAAGUGAUUGUAGAAUAUUUACAUAAAUUAUUUUUCUGUAACAAAAACUGUACAUCGUUUUAUUUUCCCAUUAACUGCAGUGAACUCGACGAUGCUUCACUCCAUGUUGUUUUAGUGCAGAGCUAGAGGGGAAAAAAAAAAACAUCCAGUGUGCUGUGGUUUGCUGACAUGUGAGAUAUAAUUACAUACGGUGGCGCUGAAUACUGCAAAAACAGGUCUGUGUUAAUGCUUCGUCCUUCUGCGAUGGAGGAAAGCAGUGGACAAUCAGUCGAAUCAAGCGGAAAACUCAAAGUGUUGCAUCUCUGAUUCUUGUUUUUUUUUUUUUUUCAGCAACAGACGUAUCGAAUAACACGUUGGUUCACAACACAUGAAGCACCAUCAAAAAAACAGAUUGAGAGCCACUGUUCUAGUAAACAUGAGGACAAAUAUGUUGACUGAACUUUCCCUGUAAUUAAAGAGCAAUAGCAAACUAAAAACAUUACAGCACCUUCCGGUUGAAGAAAGAGGAAGAAGAAUAAAAGCCAUCUGCUCGUGUGCAGUGCGUAGAAACACUGCUGUAUUCACUUUAGUAGUGUGUGGUCUUAGAGGAUGCAGUAUUUAUUCUCCUAGGUGAAAACUCACUGUUCGCCAGCUUACGUCAGGCCAACAUAGAGUAAAUAGGCACGGUGAGGCAUUGUAGACGGAAAUGUACAUCAUUUUAUUUACUUUUCAUUUGUAUAGUUCUGAUUUUUAGAGCUUACAGUCACCAUGAAUGCAGUAUCUUACUUUGAAUUACUUGUUUCAUCAACAAUGUAGAGUUGAUCCUAUUUAUACUGUGUAUAUAUGUCAAGAUUCUGGAAAUGGAUAUUUAUUUAUUUUAGAUUUAUUUAUUUGUCUUUCGACCGCUUCAGAGUUCUGUUGAAUGUUUUUUUGUACGCACCGUUACGGCUGGUCUGCAUGAUGUGUUAAACCAUGGACUGACCACCAGUGUCAACUGUGCAUGCAAUAAAAUAUUUUUCAUCACUGUGAGC